UUUAUAGUUCAGUGUUUAUAGUUCAGAUGUUGAAGAUGAGUUUGCAGGUGGAUUUGAUGUGAUGUAAAUUAGUAGUAUGUGAUUGAAAUCCUCCUCAUGAAUCUAGUGUUGAUUGUGUUGACACUCCAGUACAGCAGGAGGCGCUAUGAAGCUCUUUAGUCCGCCGUCGAACUCAUUAAAGAAAGAAGAACUCACAGUUUGAACACUCAGCCGGUGCGUGUUUAUAGUUCAGUGUUUAUAGUUCAGAUGUUGAAGAUGAGUUUGCAGGUGGAUCUGAUGUGCUGUAAAUCAGUAGGAACUGAUCUGUCUAUGCUGGAUAUUGAUGAUUUGAUGACAGAAAUCUCUCAGCUGAAGAAAGAGGUGGCGUUACUGGAGGCAAAGCUGAGGGAAAGAGAGUUUUCAGAUCAGAGAUCCAGAGACACACAGGACUCAGAGCUCAGCCUCACUUUACUCUGUUAUACUGAUGCUCAGGAGAGUGUGUGUGACAGUAAUCAGGGUGAUCAAACCUCCACAGAGUCUCUGGCUUCUGUCUGUAAUGCUGCUGGAGAACAGCAGAUGCUCAGGAUACCAUUGAAGAAGCGUUCAGUGAAGAUGAUGGAGAUGAGAAGAAAAACCACAGCAGAGAAACCCAAUGAUGUCAGUGAUUUUGUUCCUUCAGAUGCAAACCGUGGUUCAUCUUCAAAUUGGGAAACGGCUUCUACAUCAAAAGAGCUUCGGACAGCGUGUCUUCCCUGCAUCACUCAUGAGAAGACAUUAAGCUCGCUGCGGCAAUUAGUGAGAUGUGAGAGAAAACCCACAGAACAGAAAUUCUUCAUAUGCAGGAUAUGUGGGAGCAGCUUUUCUACCUCAAAAGAGAGGAAAGUUCAUUCAGAAGUGCACAAAGUAAAGGAGUUCCACUGUGAUCAAUGCAGGAAGGUUUUCUUUGUCGAAUCUCUUCUAAAAGCUCACAUGAAGACACACCGUAAUGAAAAGCCUUACCGCUGCAGUGAGUGUGACAAGUGUUUCAAAACUAAAGGAAAUCUUGUUGUUCAUAAGAGAACACACACGGGAGAAAAACCAUUCAAGUGUCCUCACUGUGAGAGGAGAUUCACCCAUGGACCCCGUCUGAAGCAACAUGUCCGUUUGCAUACCAAGGACAAGCCAUAUCAAUGCAGUAAUUGUGGCAAAACCUUUACACAGCUGGAUUCUUUAAAGUCACAUCAAAAUACACACUCUGAGGAGAAACCCCAUCAGUGCUCACACUGUGAUAAACGUUUCCGACAGAGAUCUCAUCUGAUAGUCCAUGAGAGAACACACUCUGGAGAGAAACCUUACGUCUGCACUCACUGUAAAAAGAGCUUUUCUGAUCCACGUCAUUUCCACGUUCAUCAGAGAGUGCACACUGGAGAAAAACCUUAUCAUUGUACCAUAUGUGGGAGGAGUUUCAAUCAAUACGCAAACUUAAUAAAGCACCAGAGAAGACAUACAGGAGAAAGACCUUACAUAUGCACUCAAUGCGACAAAACAUUUGCUCGACCGGAUGUCCUGAAAACCCAUCAGAGAGUGCAUACAGGAGAGAAACCUUAUGGUUGCUCCACCUGCGGGGAGAGAUUCGCUUAUUUAGGACGUUUUCAGACUCAUCUGAAGAAACAUGCGAAAGAACAAACUGCCCUAGAAUCAUCAUAGGUAUACAAUAAAAUAAAAUAUGCAGUUGAGUGCAGCGGUUCAUUUGAAUUACAAAUAGUAAAAUAUGCGCAUGAAAGGAUGCAGAGGUAGAUUUAUGUAACAGUGCUCUGCUCGUGUCACUCAUGCAAAAAAAAAAAAAAAAAAAAACGUUUAUACAUUUCUCAAACUAUCAAAACACGUAUGGAAGCAAGUCAAUGAAAUAAUUAGAUAACUCUUACCUUACAGUAUAUCUGAUGGCAUUUUUCCUGCUGUCCUUCGAUUUUAUGAUGCAUCUGUCAUAAUAUUAUAUUCUUGAGCUUGACUGCAAAUUAUUUUAUUAAAAAUAUACUUUAUCCAUCAAGAUGGACUUCCAUCACUUGCUAAUGUAUUAUGUAUUAAUUGCCAAGGUUAAAAAUAAAAAAUUAACUGCUAAUAACAGUUUUAAUAAGUUAAA